GAGGCGGCAGGCUGGUCACACAUGUCGGCGAAUGUGCAGCAAACAGCUGGUCAUAACAUGGAUGUGGAGCCUUUCUGACAUUGUUUGGAAGAGUAAGAAGAGGAAGCAGCCAUGUCGGAGAAGAAGCCACGAGCCUCAGACACACGUCCCAAAUGUGGUCUCCGCAGUUGGAGUGCGGACAGUUACAUUUGGCGGGGGAAGAAACGCUCCCGGAGCUCUCGUGGUGGGUUGAGUCCCGGAGGGCUGGAGGCAGAAGGGACAGAGGAGCUGGGAGUCCGGUCAACAUCCUGUCCAAGGCGGCGCAGAGAGAGAAAGUGUAGCUGCAGUGCUCUUGGGGACGCAUUGACGUCUGCAGACAUUGAUGUAGUAUGUCGGAAGGCUUUAUCCCGGCGCUCUCUAAGGCAGAAGUUUCAGGAUGCUGUGGGUCAGUGUUUUCCUCUGCGCUCCCAUCACCACCACCAUCAUCAUCAUCACCAUCCACCAGGCUCCUCGAGACCCUUCUCAGUGCUCUUCUGGUCCAAACGUAAGAUCCACGUCUCAGAGCUCAUGCAGGACAAGUGUCCCUUCUCGCCCAAAUCUGAACUGGCCCGAUGCUGGCACCUUAUAAAAAGUCAUGCAACCCACCCAAGUGCACUCAAGGACAUGGAGGCUCCCCUCAAACCCAAUGUAUCAUCUUCGUCUACCUCUCCACCACAGACACCCCUCUCCUGGGAGGACAUCUGCUGCUCCCCUGGGCCUGGAAGCACCAGUCUGGAGGACUGGGACCCUUCUUGUCCACAUGGGGGAGCAGAGGGCAGUUGUGGUGACACUGAAUACAUCUUGGUCCCAGAUCUCCUCCAGAUCAACAACAGCCCCUGUUACUGGGGUGUGUUGAACCGCUUUGAGGCAGAGGAGCUGCUGGAGGGACAGCCAGAGGGAACGUUUCUGCUGCGAGACUCUGCCCAGGACGAGUUCCUCUUCUCAGUCAGCUUUCGCCGCUACAGCCGCUCCCUGCACGCACGGAUUGAGCAGAACGGCAAGCGUUUCAGCUUCGAUGUGCGCGACCCGUGCAUGUACCGGGAUCCCAGUGUCACUGGACUAUUGAGACACUACAGUGACCCAGCCACCUGCCUCUUCUUUGAGCCCCUCCUUUCUCGGCCACUACUAAGGACCUUCCCUUUCUCCCUCCAGCACCUGUGCAGGGCUGUGAUAUGUAGCAGCACCACCUACCAGGGCAUAAGCAACCUGCCGCUGCCACCUCAGCUCAGGGACUUCCUCCGACAGUACAACAUCAAGUGUGAGGGGGCCUGCGCUGUGUGA